AUGUACCCUGCAGUACAUGAUUAUGAGACAUAUGCCAGUGAACAUGGUCCAGGUCCUGUCCUGGCUUCAGGAAUUCCAAAUACAAGUCCCAGACGACCGUAUGCUCCUCCAUAUGUAUCCCCCGGCAUGAGUGCUCGUGUAGUUGCAGGGAAGUGGUCUACUGGUCUUUGCUAUUGUUGUGAUAAUCCUGGAAAUUGUUUUAUUACUUGCUUCUGCCCUUGUGUCACAUUUGGACAGAUUGCUGAGAUAGUUUCCAGAGGUUCUUCAAAUUGUGCUGAAAGUGGCAUACUCUAUGGGCUUCUGGGUCUUACUGGUUUUGCAUGCUUGUACUCAUGCUCUUAUCGUUCAAAAUUGAGGGCGCAAUACGACCUGGAAGAGGCACCUUGUGUAGACUGCUUAGUGCACUUCUUCUGUGCUACUUGUGCUCUGUGUCAAGAAUACAGAGAGCUCAAGAGUCGUGGGUUUGAUAUGGGGAUAGGCUGGGAAGCCAACUUGGAUAGACAACGGCGUGGAAUUACAGUAGCUCCAAUAGUGGCACCAGGCAUGAGAAGGUGA